AUGCCACGGAGUGCUCCACCUGCCAAAGUCGCAUGCGUUUCAUGCCAUGAGCGGCGGGUCAGAUGCGAUCGUGGUGAAGAUGGCCCAUGUUCUAAUUGUCUUAACGCUCGGCGCGUUUGCGCGUUGAUCGUUUCUCGCCGUGGACGUAAACGAAAGCUACCGCUCAUACCAAGUCAGCAAACUUCAAAUGCCAAUGUUUCAAAUACUCCUCAUGGCGAGUCCCUCGAAGGGGUGAGGAUCCCAACCACACAUGUAGCCUCCCCACGCAGGGAGGGCAGCAAAGACAAGAUAAACGAACCAUGUUUUCCAGCUCCUGACCGUGGGGGCAAAACGCCAUAUGUUGGAGAUUCCUCCAACCUCAAUUACUUGGUUCAGCAGUUCGGUAAUCCUUUCGGAGGUACGACCGAUACGCGCCCGCUUCAGGACCACCUCCAGGGUGCGAUGUUGGCCCGCGUCGGAAUAUCGACAGCACAAGAAAUUGAAAGAAUUCACAAACUGGCCGUCACACGUCUGAAGGAAGAUGGGGCAUUUGAUGUCCCGCCGCCUGAGACAAGUCAGGCUCUUCUCGAUGUUUAUUUCCUUUAUUCACUUACUGCCCUUCCGAUCAUCGAUAAGUCGAAUUUCAUUCUCCACAUGGAGAAGGGCUCCUGCUCUCAUCUGCUCCUGAAUGCCGUAUAUCUCACUGCCACUGUAUACUGCUCGGAUUCCAUUAUCGCGGCCGCCGGGUUCCCCUCACGAUAUGCUGCAAGUCUCACAUUCUAUCGCAGAGCCAAGAUGAUAUACGAUGCUGGAUAUGAAACCGAUACAAUUGCAACGAUGCAAGCCACUCUUCUCAUGUGUCAUUGGUGGAGUGGUCUGCUUGAGCCCAAAGAUCCUUGGUACUGGCUGGGGAUAUCUGCGGGAUUGGCACAGGCCUUGGGAUUGCAUCAAGCCAAAUCAUACGUACGCCUCGAUGGAAAAAUUCGAAAAUUGUGGCGAAGACUGUGGUGGAUGAUAUAUACUAUGGACAUCAGCUUGUCCACGUUCCUCGAUCGCCCUCCUCACAUUCAAGGAAGACUUUGCAACGUACCUCCCCUGGAUGAGUCGGACUUCGAGUGCCCCGAGAGCCCCGGCCAGUCAGGCUCACCUGGCGACAGCGUCCACCAGGUCAACACCUUCGUCAUCAGCACUAUGCAACUUGCUCGCAUAGUGGAUCGAUUCUUCACGAUUAAACUGGAUGAACAUACUGGCCAUUCCCAAGACAUAUGCCUAGAGCAAAUCUCGCUAUGGUCAAACACGCAACCCCCGGAGUUUCAAUCCUUGUCAACGAACAGCACUACAUGGACUAUCUUGACUCGGAUACUUUACCAAACAUACAGACUUCUCUUGCAUCGAAACAAUCCACGUUUCUCCAUCAGUACAGGACCGGGUACCCCGACGUUUGAGAUAUGCACGGACAUAUAUCAUAUGCUGGAGAUACUCAUGGCUAAGGACUUGAUAUACGCGGUUGCAGGUAACAUUAUCGCGUCUGUGCUGUCUGUGCUCUCAAUUCAGAUAGUGAACAUCCACAAAAUGGACACCGGUGUUCGAAUGAUCUCUGAGCAUCGAGCCAGGUUCUGCAUGACGAUAUUGGACAAAUUACAGGAUAGACUGCCGGUCGUUGCAGCCUUUUUGCCAAUUUACGAGUCCCUUCUCAAGAGCCAUUCUGCUGCUUCGAAGACUCAAGGUGGUGACUGUGUACCAUCGCAUUCUGCACAGGAGUCACCAUUACAGAACGAACCAAUCCGGCUUGAAAACGAAGGUAAUACUAAUAUUUUAAACCACACGGGUGGGUUGUUUGAUCAAGCCCCUCAAGAUAGCGCAGGCGCGAUGUUCCCAUUUUCGUUCCCCUUUGGCGAUUUAUUUGAAGAUGUUUUCCUCGGCUCAUCUUCGCAGCCGACAGCCUUUUGA